GGCUUUGGGCGUAGCCGCCCCGCCCCACUGCACCCUAAGGGGACCAUUUGCCGGGAGGUACAGGUUGAGGGAGAGCCCGGCCCCCCGCCUUCUCGGGGUGCCGAAGGCAACUGAGGCUGCGCUGCUGAUGGCGGAACGAUCCGGGUAGAGGAAGGAGACCAGGCCCCGCGUCGCGAGGGAGAAACGGCUUCUCCGAGUCAUGGCUCGGCCGGGGGAGAGAUACUCUUUAACCUCGUUACGGCGGAGGACCCCCAACUUCUCCGGUAGGGCGACGCCCCUUGUCGUGGGCGUACGCUCUUACCCGGCUCCAGGGCGUUUAUCGGCAGAGCGAGACCCGCUCCUGGGAUGCGAUAGGGCGAUUCAGAACUUAUUUUAAGGAGGGAUAAGAGACAACCCCAACAAGACCUUUCCCCCGAUUUGGUCAUCUUCUCCCCUCCCCCAAGUGAAGAGCGAGACUCGACUUGCCUAAAAGUGACAGAGGGAUCUUCCUUCACUGUGGAAGGGUGAACCAUUUGAUGUAAAAGACUUGACUCCAUAAUCUACAUCUGCCCUAAUGCUGUCAUCCGGAGUAGAGACUCAGCCAGUUCCACUUGAUUCCUCCAUGUCUGCCGUGGUACAGGAAUUAUACUCUGAACUCCCAGUAAGUGUCUCCAAAGAGCUUCAUGCUGACCCUGUGCCAAGUGUGAUUCCAGAUGUAAAACCUGGAGCCUCAAGCUCGCUUAUAAGUCAGAGUAGGGCAGUGCCCUUGGAGCUGCACAGGACUCAUGCGGAAAGUUGUUGCGAAGAAACCUCUGAGACCUCGGAUUAUGGGGGUGAGCCUGGGCGGUGUGGGCUGGUGGACUCCACAGCAGGAGGUUCUAUGGCUUCUGGGAUCUUGGAUAGGGAAGAGAAAACCAAGAGCAUGGAGCUAAAGGUCUUCAGAGAUCGAGGGGUCCAGGUGGAAAUUGUAAGAGACCCCUGUGAGGGAGCAAAGGAAGACCGGCAUCAACAUUCCACAGCAGCUGAAGCAAAGAUCAGCCCAAGUCAGGAGGACUUACUGAUGCCGAUGAGCAAAGAACUGUUAUGCACCGACCUCCCUGAGGAUCGUCUGAGGAGCAAAGAAGAAAAUGUACAAAUUACAAUGGAAACUCUCCUAAAAUCUGAAGAAGUACAAGGUAUGAAGGUCAAUGGGUCUAAGACAGAUAAUAAUGAAGGACAUGAGAAUGGCAAUGUGAGUGAAGGUCUCUCGGCCGGGUGCAGCGAACACCCAGAAGUAGACAAAAUCAUGACCAGUGGUGAGGUUUCAGAGACCAGCAUAUUAGUUUCCCUAGCGCCUUUAAACUUUGUGGACCCUGGGUUAACAGAAACAACUCCUAAAGGAAAAGAAUGUGAAGAAUUAAAAACUUGUCCUUCUUGGUUGUCAUUACCAGGAAAAAGUGCCAUUUCCAAAGUGGACAAUGGGAAGGAAGAGUUGUGUAAGUUAAGCCUUGUCUGUGAAGCAGAUGACAAUCACCAACAGAUUCUUGGCCACCAUAAUGAAAAACACAGUUCUGCACACGGCAGUCCCAAACUCUCGAGACAUGUAGUUGUUGUAGAACCCUUAGAAGAAAAUUCAGAAAUUUCAUGUUUCACAUCAAGUUCAUCUGGUCCAGAAUCCAGAACAUCAUCCUUAGAAAAAUGUGGUUUUGAAGGUGAUGGCUUGCUGAAGAGAUCUGCUGAAAAGACAGACAAUUCCUGUUUUGAUGGGGACGAUCAAAACAAGAACUUGUCUUCUAGAGAAGAAAAUGAAGAACAGUUUUUGAACCCCAGGAGUGAAAGUGAGGAACUGUUUCUUGUUAAUGCCAGACAACCAGAAGAGGAUGCUAGUGGUCAUUGUUCUGGAGAAAAACAGACUGUCGCCUCCCCAAAAGAAAAUAUCCACGGUAACUAUUGCAUUCAAGGCAGUACCCAUACAGACAGCUCUACUUCUUUAAUGCCCAAUUCUUUUACUGAAGCCACGGAAGCAGUGUUAAAAAAAAAAGAUUUGAAAGUCACUUUAGACAUUGAAGUUAGCUUAACAAGCCAUGAGGACCAUAGAGAAACUUUUACUAAUAUGAGCCAUCCAGGCAAACAAUCUGAAGAGAACAGUUUUUCCUCCUUGAUGCAGAUCGAAGAUCCAGAACAGACAACCACUAUCAAACCCAGUAUAUUAAGUGAAAAGAUUUACAGUAAAGACUCCUUAGUCAGCACCCAGAGAAAUCUGGAAGGCAACACCCAGUUAAAUGAAGCAUCAUAUAAUGAAUUUAUGAUUGAAAAAAAAUCCCUUGUGAGUUUAAUGCCUGAGGACCAGAAAAAUCCUGUAAAUGAGGGAUCAAAAUCCAAGAAAGAUACUGCUCAGUUAUCAUCAUCCCUAAAAUUUGGUUACAGACCUGAGUCAGAAAAAGCUGUACAGACCUCACAGGACAAUAUUCCACAUUUAGAUGAACAGAGCAUCGCCUGUGAGAUGUAUGAAGCUCCUUGUACUGAAGAAUUGGUUGUAAACAAAAUAGAAAGUGAAUGUGUUUUAAAUCAAGUGUCCCUUAAUUCUCAAGAUCAUGCGAAGUUGCCAACUGACAAAGAGAUGCCUUUAACAACAAGCGAGGAUUCCCAACAGAGCCAUCACCCUCCAUUAGAGGACAAAGCAGAUGUCAUUGCUGAUACCCAAACCAUUCUCAUGAAGACAAAAAUGAAAGACAUCUCUCCACCAGGUGACAAAAGCUGUGGUGCCUCUUCAAACAAUCCCACCUUAAACAUUAAACCAGGGAGCCUAGAAAGUAAAAACAAAAUGGCUGAUUCAGGAACAGAAGAUCUACAUUUCAGACUUCUCUCAAGUAAGGAAGAAGCAGAGGUCUCUGUCAUGGAAUGUCAAAGUGUUCAAUCUCAGGAUCUCUCUAGCUGCCAUUGUAGAAGAAAAAAUGCACAAGAAGAGAGCAUGUGUUCUGCUUGUGCUGUUUUUGAGUCUAGCAGAAUCAUCCCGGAAGUUGAAAACUCUUUGAUAACCAAGUAUGAGAAUGCAUUUCAGCACAGUGAUCUCCACUCUCCAGGAAGAGAAGACUCCAUGGAACGUAGUACCCAUAAAGCGAGUUAUACAUCAGAGGAAAAUGAACUUGAUGGGAGGGAAACUAAAGACAGCCUUCCGGGCAAUAAGGUCAGAAACGAAAGGACAGAAGCUCCAAAUGAAACCAUUCACACCACCAAUCCCAUCCAACCCAUUAAGGAAGGGCUAGAAUUAAAGGAACAGGAUAUACCCAAAGAGACUGUAUUUUGUAAAUAUAACAUCUGCAAUUGUGCCACACAGGAACUAAACCAAUCUGUAAACAUUCCAAAUCCUGAGAAACUGUUGGACCAGCCUCCUACUGUUAUGUUCUCCAGUUUUAAAAACAUGACCCCAGCAGUUGAAACUCCUGAUCAGAAGACAGAUGAAGUCCUUGACUGCCAGUGUAACCCAUACAGACCAGCUGAAUGCAGACGUGAAGAUAAACCAACUAAGGAGGCACUAGGUAGUGACCAGAGAGAGAUGGUUACAGAGCCUGUCAGAGAGGUAAGCCACAACCAAAAGGAUCUGCCAGUUGGUUCAGGCAAUAACUCACCGUCUGGUGGUAGUCCAAAGGAAGGUGAUUUGAAAGGAGCCUUUGAAAGGAUUUCUGGUUGUAGGAAGUCCACAGACGGUACUGAAGACAUUGUCUACACAGACUGUAGUAAUAAGCCUACAGAAGGCAUGCUGGACAUAAGAGCAUCUAACACACAUGAUGGUAGUGCACAGCAAGAUGGACUAGCAUUACAUGGUACCUCAAGGAAUACCCUGUUUCAGAGAGGAGAACGGAACGCUACAUUUAUGAUUGACUGGGAUUUAGAUUUCUCAGAUGCUCCUUCCUCUACAGCGGAAUCUUUUGAAAUAAAAAAAUCAUUAAAAUCAUGUGAAGAGAGAGUCUGCAGAUCGUUAAAAGAUUGUGAAAUGGAGGUGUGUCCAGACUCUUGUGCCAAUGAGAUAGAGUCUGUUGCAGAUCAUGAACCAUUAAGUAUAAGACUGUUGGAUAGAGUAAAUGUGUCUUUAAAUUAUAUUCAUCAUGAACAGCAAGUUAAAGAAGCAUCUCUGAGAGAAACACAAGGAGUAAUUGAAAGAUCAAGACUAGAAAUAAAUUCUGAGUUUGAGAAGGAAAAUACCCUUGGAAUUCCUUCAAAAGAGUUGAUAUCUUCUGGACACCAAGGUGAGAACUCUGUUCCCCCAGGGAGCCCGAAAUCCAUCGAGAGAAUGCCUUCAUAUCUGUCUUCUCAAAAAAUUUCAGAAGCAAAUAUUAAGAGUGAAGAAACCAACCUGAAAAAUCUUUGUAUGCCAAAAGACGGUGAAAUGCUUUGUGAAAAUGUAAAGGACUGCACAGUCCCGCCUGAGAUGAAGGAAGAAGCACCAAGGGAUAUGAGUAACCCUAGUGAAGGAAACAGCAUAGAUAUCUGUGUGAAAACUUUGCCAUUGACGAUGGAAACAGAAACUAAAGUGACAGAAGAAGCUGAAGAACAUCGGAGGGGAUCACCAUGUCACAUCACUGUUGGAGAGAAAUCUGAGGAGGCGAUUACCAGUGAAGAUGGUUGCAGUGGUAAUAUGAGUAAGAUUUCUCAGAUCCACUUUAAAUCCCAGGGGAUGCUUGGUGAUGCUGAAGAACAGCAAAGCCAGAGGGUUUUGAACUACACGUUGCAGAAGGAAGAGGAAUAUAAACAUCAAAAAGAAGCACAUAGGAUAUUGGAACAAUGCACAUCAUCUAAUAUGUUGUCAGAUAAGGUGCAAAAUAAGAACCAACCUAAGGGAUGCAAAGAUGAGUCCACCAUGAUGAAAGGAAUCACCCCAGCAAAGCUUGCCAGGGGUGACAUUGCUGCACAGUUUCAGAAGUUGAAAGACCCAGAGGAGGAAAACAUCUGUCACCCAUUAAAAAAGGACACCGAGUUGUGUAUAGGUCCUUGCCUUCAUGGUGCCCCCCAAAACAAAGCACAAGACCACAGCCCUGCUAGGUGUGAUGAAAUACACAGUGCCUCUGGGAAGACGUCACAUCAGAAAGGAGUGCUUACCUUAAAGAAGCAGCCCCAUCGAACAUGUAAGAAAGUUUCCUGUCAGGAGCAAGCCAACAUAGGGAGAAAAUUAAGUAAAAUCAGAAAUUCUGCCUUUUUAAAGCAUUCCACAGAAACCAUCCCCACAAAAGCACACAGAUUUUUCAGUUCACAUGCUAUGUCUGCACCCACCAGACUGGACCCCAAAACAGUACCUGCCAGGACCUUAGUUAGCCACAUACCAAAGCAGAAGGCUACUCCGUGCCAUCUCCUUAGGAGCCUGAAUGUCAGGAAGCCUACCAAAGAAUCGGCCUUACUCACCAAGCUGUCCAUCCUUGCCUCCAAACUGGCUCCAGCUGCAAAGACCCAGAAACUGAGAUACCGGCGGUGUUCCUCUGAACUUCUUCCAGUGGCUAAAAGCUACAAGCGGCUCAGAUAUAAAAGGCUCCUGGAUGGAUUUUCACACAAUACAAUGCAGCUGAGUCCAUAUGUGACAGCAACUGGAUGGAAUAAAAGGCCUACUAGUAAACCCUUGACACUUUAUCCGCUGGAAGCCAUCAAACUGAGCUUCAUAGAUUUGAGCAACAAGAUGCCGUCCCUGCUGUUCGGUUCCGAAAUCUUCCCUGUAUCCUUUCAUGUGAAAUCAGGCUCUGAGUGCACUUCAGAGUCCCCAAGGAGUUUUCCUGAGCACUGUGCUCCAGCAAGGCUUGCCUUAGGAGAGGCCGCCCGGUACCCUUCUCAGCCUCCCAAGUGGACCUUUUCUUUUUUCUUGUCCCACGGUUGCCCUGGGAUGGCCACAUUCAGGGAAGACACUGGCCUCCAUGGUCAGGCACAUGCCCAGGCUCCUCCCCACCCUCCAGCUCCUCUCCAGGACUGUGGGGGUACCGCCAUCGUCCAGACCAGAGCAGGCUGCUCUGUCCUUGGCCUUCACACACUGCUAGCACUUUGUUCCCCUGGAUGUUACCGAAUCUGGACAAAAAAACGGAGCUUCUCCAGCCACAUGCCUACCAUGCAGAGGCUCUUCAUGACCCAGUUUACACAGGGCUUGAAAGGGUUAAGGUCUCCAGCCUCCAUAGCUGACAAGGUCUUCUGUUCUCUGCCGUACUCGGUGGGCCGAGUGCUUUCCAUUUGGAGCCAGCAUGGACCUUCUGCCUGCUCCUUCGAAAUCUCUGCUCUUCAUUCCACUCACAGCAAGAGGCCGCUGACGCUGGGCACCACAAGCAGGCUCGAACCUCCAUUCCCUGCCUUGGUACCAAAGUCUUGCUUGGUAACAGACUCAGCUGUCAGCAAGCUCCUGCUUUCAGCCUCUGAAUUUCCAGUUCCUGGGUUUAAUGAACUGGAUGGUGUAACAGCAGCGUGCCCCCAUCCACAGAGUAGCCCUCCAGAACAGAAAGAGGCUGAGCCAGAGAAGAGGCCAAAGAAAGUCUCACAGAUUCGCAUCCGGAAAACCAUUCCUAAGCCAGACCCUAAUCUUACCCCCAUGGGCCUUCCUCGACCCAAAAGGUUAAAGAAAAAGGAAUUUAGUUUAGAAGAAAUAUAUACCAACAAGAAUUAUAUGUCUCCUCCUGCAAACAGGUGUUUAGAGACCAUCUUUGAGGAACCUAAGGAACGAAAUGGUACACUAAUCUCCAUCAGCCAACAGAAGAGGAAGCGAGUUCUAGAAUUUCAGGAUUUUACAGUCCCACGAAAGAGGAGAGCUCGUGGUAAGGUCAAGGUGACAGGCAGCUUCACCAGGGCCCAGAAGGCGGCGCUGCAGAGUCGAGAACUGGACGCCCUUUUGAUACAGAAACUAAUGGAACUGGAGACCUUCUUUGCCAAGGAAGAGGAGCAGGAGCAAUCGUCUGGUUGUUGAGAAGCAAUUUGGUUUCAGGGUCUCAAUGUUAGAUUUGCUGGGCCUCCUUGGAAGGGGUUGCCUAACUUUGCCCAAUACCCAAAUCACUCAAAAUGCAGUCCAUGGAUUUUUACCUGUUUUCAAAAUGCAGCCUUUUGAGGAACUGGUGAAAGAGGAUCCUCCACUUCUACUGCUGAGUAUAGAACCUCAGGAAUGCUCUCUUUCUCCUGGAAAUGGUCCUGAAUGACAUCUGGCCUCCUCCUCCCACUCUGCCAUCCACAGGAAGAGGACACAGCAUACCUUCAGUAACACUAGGAUUCCAAGGACUCACCGCAUUUGCACGCCCAUGUGAAAGCUCUGUGUUGUUUACGGUGGUGCUAGACCAAGAUUAUGUAGAGACAUUGCCUAGGGAGGGGGGCCUGGCGUCCUGUCCUGCGUGGUCUCACCUACUCAUUUCAGUAGUCAAGGAAAGAUGGGCUUGUAUGUUUUCUAAUCCUUUGAGUUCAUCUGCCCAGAACCUUGAGGGAGUGAGAGAGAGAGAGAGAGCGUGUGUGUGUAUGAUGCUUUUUCCUAUCAUUUUUUUUUCUCCCCUCUGUGACUUUGGGUCACUAGUGCCAGAGGAGCCCAUCCAGGCCCCACUCGAAGUAAGUUGCACUUUUUAAUGUUGUGAUGUUAAUUUCAUUUGUUUUAUUUCCUCUUUUUUUUUUUAUUGCUGCAUGUUUGGAGCCUUUAAAUGUGAUUUUAAAACAAAUUUUUUAAGGCAUUGAGGAAAAGGACAGUAUAUGUCUUCAGUAUAUAUGAUAGGCAUUUGACCCAGUUUAUCAGUGCAUGGUAUGGGACAGCGGAGAGAUGUUUUUCCAUUAACGUGUAAUCCCUUCCCCACCUCCACCUUCUAGUGUAAUGCAUUAGAGGGAGUACUUUUUUCAUCUGGGUUCUCGUUCUUGCCCACUGAGUAGAUAUAUUUGUUUUAAUGACAGAAGUAAGAGCAGGUUUCUCUCCCAGUCAUUAAAAAAGUGCAAAGGUUGGGUGUGGUCUUAUGAGUUUUACCUGAAGUGUUGGUAUGUAAGAAAGUUGGGUACCACAGCUUGGGCAGUGAUAGAGACCAACCCAGAGUGUUUGCAGCUGUCAGAGCAACCUGCUCUGAGAGUGGGAAGAGGCAACAGACCGUGGUUCAAACCCAGUGAUGCCUUCUUGUGGUGGGAUCAUGAAUUCCAUGGCCAGCCCUCUCUGAGAACACCUCAUUGUACUCGGGGCUCCUGUGUCAAACCUACUGGAAAUUUUGUAGAAUGCCAGAGUUUGCUGAGUUUCUUCUUGUGUGCCCACAAGAGUCUGGGCAGAAGGAUGCUGUGUGGGUCAGUAGGCCCAGAUGUUUUCAUUCCUUUUCUACUAACCCUUGUGUGCCCUCUCAUCCUGCUUCCUCUCCCCUCCUUCCCUUGUGUUACCCUUUUUGCUUGCGCGCAAAACAAGAGUUCAGAGAAUUAACAUUCCUUGGCUGGUGAGUGGGAUGCUAGACCCAGCCUCAGGACACUGGUCACCUCUUCCCAUUUUCCUAGGAGCCACUGCUGGGAAGCAGCCGCCAAUGGGAACUGUGAAAGCUCCAGAGACUUUUUAAAGUUAAGUCUGUUAGAGGAGAAUGAGUGGUGCCAUCCUGGAACGUGUCUUCUAGGGUUUUUUUUGUUUCCCCAUUUAUUAGUGGGGGGGGUGGGGGGGUGGGAGGGGGAGUCUCUAUGUGCCUUUCCUUUGCAGGUUGAUGGUCUGUGCCACACUGGAGCAGAAAAACUGACAUGAACAAGGAAAAAAACCAAGUGCCACAUCUGUCUUUGAGGCUCACUAAUUCAGACAUAGCAUUUAGUAAGUGAAAUACACACCUGGUACUACACGGAGGUUUCUAAGGCCAUGGCCAAAUAGCAGUAGGAGAGAGCCAAGUUUCCACAUUGGCUCAGAAAGAUGUGAACCAGAUUCUGCCAUUCUAAAUUCACUUUGCCCAGACUGUAUGGACAUGACCUGUGUUUCACCUCAUCCCCCUCCCUUCCUGGGACAGGGUCCUUAGACACUAACCGCUUCUCUCUGUCUCUUUGCUUAAGGGAGUGGGAUGAGUAAUACAUUGUGCCCUUGUACAAACGUUUUUAGGGAACUCCUGCUGGACAAGCUUGCAAACUCCUGGUGAGUCAACAGAGCCCUGUUUGCUGCUAGCUCCAUUGCUAGUGUAGACAUGUCAGCAAUGUGGCACCCAUGUCAUCCCACAGACUGAAGUUGAGGUGGGCACAACUCUGAUUAUCACCAACAUUACAGAGAUCUGACUUCAACUUUGGCCAUUACAGGCAUGGCAUUCACUAGCUAGGGCCAGGAGCAAUGAUUUGGAACAUUGGCGUCUGGGAAGGGAGAAUUGGAGGAAAUGGAGACCUGGGCUCCUUCCGUGUCCUGGGAAAUGUAAGAAAGAAGCUGCUCUGAGGCCAGCCCUGUCUGUCCUUGAAAUUCUUGGCCUGCCCUCUGGCUAGGGCCCUUCCCCUGCUCCAAAGUUAAGAAAGAGCCCCCACUGCAAACUUGAAAUUGCUUACCUGAAGCUGGUACAUCUGGUUCUAGCCAUGCUCAGCCCCACCUGUCUUAACAUCUAUUGAUAUUUUCACAUCGGCCUAACAAGCUGUAGUGCUGUCUGUGGCACCUGCCCCCGAUGGGAAACAUUAGUUGGCUGCUGGCACGCCACCUGCCCAGAGCUACAGGUCUGGUUCUGGAGUGGGAGUUGGUACAAUUUCUGAAUUUGGGGACUUUCCACCAAUAUAGUUAUAAUUAACUAACUUACUCAGUUCUGGCAGUUUAAUGUUGUUAAUAUGGGAAAGAGGACAAAUCUCAGGUCCAAUCAGGGUUCUGCCCAUCAGUUUUUCACUGAAACUAUCAACUAUGGUUUUUUUCAUCUUUCAGUUUAUAGCUAUAUUUGCCUCCCCCACCCACUUUCCUCUCCUUUUGGUCUCCUUUCCAGCUUCAUUUCUCCUUUAGUUUAAACGUACCUGAUUAUUACCUGUUAAAGCAGAUUAUGUCCACUUUUUCUUACUGACCUUACUCUGAUAGCUACAGCUGAGGGAGGUACAGUGGAAAGAUAUGUAGCAUUUGCCUUACUUGGAGCCUGAAGAACUCAGAAACUCAUGCUGUGAAUCCCAAAACUCAGCGCUCCUCUAAGAGCUGUGAAAAUCAUGACACUUUGUCACAAUUUUGCCUGAAAGAGUUUUUUGAGCGGAUGCCAGAGCCAACCUGAGGUAAAUUCCAGUUCCCACCCUCUGGGCGUGAUCCUCCCUCACUGGCUCAUUCCCAGCCCACCAGGCCAAGAGCUACACCAAGUGUGCAGAACCCAGGCCGCAGACUCCACACUUUGGUGCAACCUAAUGGAACACAAAGCCAGCAUUCGUCUCCAGGCUGGAAUCCCAUCUUAUAAUCAAUGUCGUGUACAUUAAGGUCCGCGAAAGACCAACUUCUAGGCAGCGAUGCUGUUCUCCCAUUACUGGGGUGGUGGGGGAGUAUGCAGUUGGUGCUUCCUUUAAUUCCCUCAUUUUGUUUCUGUAAGUUCCCUCUUCCCUCCUCCGGUAUCAUGGAAAGGACCUCUUAAACACCACGUUGUGGGUGGCUAUAUCCAAAGUCUAAAUAAUUGGCCAGAGGUGCGGAGCAACCUUUCCUGGAUUCAUGCAAGGAUAGGGCUCCUUACCACAACUGAACUUAUGUAAAAAGCUGGCUAAGGAGGAAGGCUCAAUUUUACCAAAAUGAAAUUUAAUGGUAUCAUCUAGCCACAAAUCCAGCAGCAACGGCUAUUUUGACUGUGAACUUAGGGGCCCCAUGAAGCCCGCCCUCGAGCACAGCAUACUCAGAUUUGAAGCUUGUUCAUUGUAUGUCUACGAGCCCCUCUCUGGUGCUGAAUUGGAUUUGAAUUCUUGGUGAGAGGCCUCAGCAUCUCCUUGGGCUGGUCUGGGCCAGUAAAUAGCUGCCUGUGUUUAUAUAUUAUCAUGGUCAAUAGUUCAGUGAAAUUUGUACAUUUUUUUUGGUAACAUUGGCAUACACGAUGCCCCUGCAGUUCCUUUUCUGUUUGGUAGUUUGUGACUCUAAAAUUCCCACUGUUAUGUGUGUUAAUUUAUGAAAAUAAAAAAAAAUUUUUUUUGAAAACCUU